GGCCUAACGACCACUGAGCCAGUCUUACGGUGUAAGCCGUCAAACCUGGACAUCGGGGAUUCCGGGGCAUCUUCCAAUAUCACUUGCAACAGUGAUGGAUUGAGAAAUCCAGACUCUAUUCCCCAAUCCGUUACCAGUUCCAAUGACGGGUCAGUCUCGGAAUGUUUCUAUAUCAAAAGUAUCUCGCAAAACGCGCAACGGAAGAAAUCGCAGCGGAAUAUCUUGACAAAGCCAUCGCGUCCACACAGAAAGCAAUUGACUCACAAUCGUUGGACAACAAUGGCCUAGCAAACGCAUUAAAUAACCUUUCGAUAUUUCUCAAGGAGAGGUUGCUCAAGCAUCAAAACAAAAGAGAUCUGGACGAAGCUAUUGAAAUGGCACGCGGGGCUAUCGAGAAGGCUCAGGGUGAUGCUUUGGCUAGGUGCUUGAGCAAUCUCACUUCGUUCCUCAUCAGGAGAUAUCAGGUCGCUGGGGCUCAAGCCGAUCUUCAUGAGGCAGUUCAAGCAUCGCGACGGGCCGUGGAAAUCGCCACAGAGGCGCAUUCGGACAAUUCCGGAUGCGUCGCGCAUGGUACAAUGGGAACAAAGGGCCGGAAUUUUGAGAUCGCCACCAAAUUGCCAUUUACUUUACUCAACUGUCAAGCCACCACGGCUAACAUCAACGUUCCCGCCUACUCCGACAAGAUAUGCCAGUCCACUACCAACCAGUCGACCUAUGGAUGCUCCGACGCCUUGGUCAUCCAAACCGAAACCUCACCCAACUCUUCCCUUGGAACAAUUGCUAGUGUUGGCAUUACUAACGGGAACCUCUCCUCCCCGUGGCAGGCUGCACACCUUGCCCCGAGCCAACAAAGCUCAGGACCUUCCGUCGAGACAGCAGGUGUCCACGGCCCGAUCCGAACUUCCCACCUACUGCGAGUACCUAUAUUCAGCCCUCCUGCCUUUGACAACAAUAUCGCACCACUACCCGCCCCCGAACCCGUCGAGAAAACGCCCGAAAUCGGCGUCAGGACACUCCCACCGCACUACGACGACAUUGUCGGCACCCCUAGCGCUGGUGGCCUUGUAGAUUUGUUUUCCAACCUAACAGGUUAUGGCCUCGACGGCCCAGACGAAGAAUAAUUCUAACUUGGACGGGGUACACCUAAGAUCCUGAACUAAACCGAGCUGGUCAACUUCGCGCACCCUGGAACACCGGGAGAAUGCCCAGCGGGAAUCUGAAGACUUUUGACCAUUAAUUUAAACAUAGAUGCUCCACGUCGCCCAUCCCAAUUUCGUUCCCCAUUUCAAACGGUCGGUAGUUACAAGAAAAAUACCCGUUGGCUCGAGCCGGGGAUGAUAUCCAGACUUCCGAGUUUAUAUUUACUUUUGCUACCUAAACUCUAAUACACUGGUAAU